AUGGUUUUCAGCACUGUUCCUAAUUGUUUCAGUUCGUUACGAUAUUUUCCGUUGACCGGCCCGGAUGGGGCGAAGUUGGCUGUAAUUCCGUGUACACUGGAUGGGAUCUGGGAGGCGCUGUCGACGACGGGUGAGCGCUUUGAAGUAAGCACGGUGCAGUGCAUCACGUCAGAUGUUCCAUCAAUGAACCAUAUUUCUCCGUUUGUCAACUAUUUAUAUCGGCGUUAA